GACUUUGUAUAGCUAUGGAGCAAGGAAGGUGUCUGUGUCAAAUAUUGGUCUUUUAGGUUGCUUGCCAGAAGAAAUGGAAGUGUUUGGAAGAAAUGCAUCUGGAUGUGUUGAUUUCAUAAAUAAUUAUGUGAAGCUGUUUAAUGACAAACUCAAGCUUCUUAUUGAUGAUUUGAACACUAAUCUUCCUAAUGCAAGGUUUAUUUACAUAAAUCAGACUAGCAUUUCAUCUGGGGGUCCCUCACCUGUUGGAUUUACAGUGGACUCAUCAUGCUGCAUAACAUCAGACACUAUAGCCAAAGGACAAUGUCGUAAAGGUGAAGUUCCAUGCAGUAACAGGAAUCAGUAUAUUUUCUUUGAUAAUUUUCACCCUGCAGAAAUUGCAAAUAUGGCCACUGCUAGAAGAUCAUUUACUGCUUUGCUACCGUCCGAUGCAUAUCCAAUGGAUAUUAGCCAAUUGGUGCAAACUUAAAAUUAAUCUAUGUGUUAAUUCCUCUACCACAAGACAUGUUGGUUACACAAAUAUAAAGAGCCAACUAGUAUUAAUGUGCUUGUUCUGCCCAUUUAACACACAGUAAAAUAAAAUUCAAUGAUAUACAAGUUUGUCUUUUGAAGCUAUAAUCACCAUUUACUAAAGCCAAUUCUUUUCAAUACCUUCGAAGAACUUAUUUAAGAUUUUAACUUGAUGAGUUAAGACUUUAAAGAUUAUUAUGAUUGAACUCAUCGCAUUAAAAUUAUGUAUUCUGUUAUAAAUAGAAUUCUAUUU